AUGAGCGUCGCUUUGGAACACAGGAGGAAGGAUGGAAAUGCGAUAGGAAGUGGGUUGAUACAAAAGGAGAAGGGAAAGGAUAUCAGUAUAUGGUCAAAGGAAUACAACAUAAUCAACGAAAUGACUGCACCACCACCGCCUAUCCCAGCUAGAUCCCGUCUUCGAACCGUAUCUUCCGACGCCAAACCACUCGAAGAUCAUUCCGAGUCCGUUGCAACACAGUUUGAAGUCCCAUCUCCUGUCUCAGGGACAUCAACCGAUAUGAAAAUCAUCACACAUCGACAAUCAUCUUUAUCCUUAUUCAAAUUACCUGUCGAUCCUCUCCCUCCUCCUCCCAUGACACCCACCUCACCUACCUUUUCUUCAUCUAUCAAAGAAUCCCCUUCGAACGAUUCAACUUUCGGAUUUGGUAAAAGAAAAUCGUCAAAAGCUGUUGAGAGGGAUCCGUUAAAGGUCAGAGAUGGAUUACAAGCUAAGGAGAGUACGAGUGGUGUUUAUACUCCACUUACAUUCCCCGGAGCUCAAGGUCCUCGUCCAUCCCAUUUCCCAACUCACGUCUACACCCCCACGAACUUUUCACUCUAUCCUCAGGGUGACUCUCCAGCUUCACCAUCCGGAUCAUCCUCGUCAUCUCAAUCUGACUCCACCGCCCCGCCUAAAACACCCUUAUCACCCACUGGUAGAUUAUCCAAAGCCGUGUCAUCGAAUAUGCGAAGAUUAUCUAGUGGGAUCGUGUCAUUGAAAGAUAGGACUUAUUACGGUAACAGCAGUGGUACGAUGCACCAACGAAGCGUUACUACUCCGAUGUUGGAAAGUGGAGAAUACAACUACCAAGGCAGUUUAUCAAAUGCUUGUAAUUCUUACGAGACCAACCUUGGAGGGACGGGGACGGGUCACUCGAGAGAAUCAAGUUCGAGUUGGGCAUCAUGGGGUGAUAUGAUUGGUAAUUCCAAACCAAGGAUACCAUCCACAUUAUAUCAUACCGAUACAAGUUACUUUCCCCCUGUUUCUUCUCCCAUCAGUCAGAAUGUGGGGUUGGGUAUGGGGAUAGAGGAAGGUGAGGGUACCAGGAAGACUGGGGCGAUAGAUUCGUCAUCGGAUCCAGUCAACUUCGCUGAUGGUCCAGGACCCAGAGAUCUUGGACCGGGAAGUGGAAGUUUAGCAGGUAAAGGAAAGAGGAAACCUGUUCCUAGAUUAGGUGGGGGAGAAGAACCUCAGGUACAUGCGAUGUAA